GCUUGAGGCGAGCGGUUCUUGCGCGCGCUUCCCAACCGCCUAACAAUUUAACGCCCUAACAGCGAGAAGUUACUAACCCACAGCAGAGGCUCAGUAGAAGUCGUAAUCGCCAUCGUAAUCGUAAUCGUCGCGAGCGCAGAGUUCUGAGAGUGUUGUGCUUAUAGAGAUUGAAAGACAAAUCCAAAAAAAAAAAAAACAAAACAAUAAUAUUUAAAAUAAAAGAAAACAAAAAAACAGUACAUAGUUGAGGAGAAACCUGGCUGGUUGAUUGAUUGUGGGCGUUACAAGUACAAUUCUGUUUAGUACUUGGGAAUAAAUCCAGCAUCAAUCGGGGGACUUACGGAUACCCAUACAAAGCAUUGCACUUUGAAGCAGGAGGAAACGAAUCGAGCGAACAGACAGAAAUCAAGAUGAUUUCUCGCCGCAAGAUCAUAUCGCGUUCCCUGGACAAUUUGGAUGCCAUCGGGCAGGAGGAGCAGGAGGAAGACGUCUGGCACGAUCGCGAGAAGCUUUUCAGGGACCACAUCAAUGAGGUUCUGUCCAAGUGGGAGCAGAUCGACGACGAGAUCUGGGCCAAGAUAAUCGUCUUCGAGAAGAACCGACGUGUGGCCAAAGCCUACGCCCGCUCCUCUGUGAUAACCAUUAAUGGAUCCAAGAAUGGGUUCGAUGGAGUGCGCAUUGGCCUGAAUGGCUUCGAUAACCCCAUGCGCGAUGCGGAGACGAAGGUGAUCAAGAAGUCCAUCGGCGACGGAUUCAAGAUCAAAAUGGACGACACCGGCAACAUAUUCAUCAAGCGGUACGGCAAGAGCAGCAUUUACGUGAACAGCACCUCGCAGGGAAACGAGGAGACGGUAAUCGGUGGAGACAUAAUCCAAAUGCCGCAGAUGUCCCUCACCGCGGGCACCUCGGCCCGACUCUUCGACAUGAAGAAGUUCCAGACGAACAUAAAUCGCGAGUUUGCGCGCACCUAUCCGGAACGCGGAAGACUGGAGCGCCAGUGCCUGUCCGCCGUGUCGCUGGUCAAGUCGAACAACAAUCUAAUCAACUCCCCGGUCUGGAUACUCGUGGUCAACGUGGUGGCCAUGGACAUGCUGAGGAGUCGCCUCCAAGCCAUGCCCAAGUCCAUGGAUGCGAUGGGUGUGCGAGUUCCGCUGACGCACAGCAGCGAGGAUCCCUACUCCACCAUCGAGAGCCAGGUGGGAUUGAUCUAUCCCACGCCCGCCGCCUCGGAUGAUUCGCAGAACUCCCAGAAUUCCCAGAACUCGAGCCACUCCAGCAAGGGGCGUCGCAGCAUCUUCAGUGCCGCCUUCCUCAACGAGGGUCCAUAUGUGCCCAAGCCCGACUACGAGGCUGGCGGAUCGCUGAUGCCCAUUUAUGCGGACAAGAAGCGGCAGAAGAGCAGCGGGGCGCAGCAGAGGAAGAAGCAGGACGAUCCGUACUACUGCGGCCUGCUGGCGCGGAUCCCCAACUUCAUCAAGUCCUCGAAGCAGCCGUGUCCCGGUGGAGCCAGCAAGCCCAAGAAGGAGCCGAAGGUCUCGCGGAAGAUCUCGGCCCAGCAACAGCACCAGCAUCAGCAAUUCCUGCAGCCGGCACAGCCCAUUCCCAUCGCCACCUUCCACCACUCGUACUUCCCCUACAAACUGUAUCCCCCGCAGCACCGUCUCUCCCAGUCACAGAUGUCCCUCUGGGAUGCACGUAGUCUGAUCAGCGCACACGAAUGAUCAACCUGGCUGGCCCUAAUUUAUUCAUCGUCUAGUGUUAAUUCUACCAUUAUUUAGUCAAAGCCUACGAUUUAGUUUGGUCAGUGGAGGAUCCACAAAUCAUUGGAUCCCUGGAACACUGGAUCACCGUGGAGUGCAUUUCGCUCAGUUUUGUGAUAAAUGCAGCGAAGUGCAGCCAUUUAGCGGACGCACUUAAUACGCACUAACUCUAAUUAACCGCAAUUAACUUUAAGGCAAGCAGAGAGAUUUAUUGAUUAUGCAAUUUGUAAUGAGUAAUUAAAAUUUUGCCAUAGUUUCUUAAAUCGUUUAAGACUGAGAGAAUGUCCUAGAGCCCACGAAAAGCGCACGGAGAGAUUGCCUGAGAUUCAUUAGGGGGGGCUGAGAAUGUCAUAAGCAAAUUUAUUGCUACUUUAGGCGAGUUCGAUUUAUUGUUUUCUUAUUAUUUUUGCUGUACAUACAAUUCAUAUGUAAAUAAGUUCGAAUUAAAAACAUGUAAACGACAUUAGUGCGCAUUAAAAAUGUUUGGAAAGUCAA